AUGGCUCUUCAGAGGGGGCAGGAGAACUAUUCUCCACUACAAAAGCUUGGAAGUCCAUAUCAGAAGAUUCUGGAGAACUUUGAGAGGGUGUAUACACCACACCAGGAGUUGGCCAUAGAUGAGGGCAUGAUACCUUGGCGAGGGAAUUUGCAUUUCAGAGUUUAUAGUCCAGACAAACCAACAAAAUAUGGCAUAAAGGUGUACAUGUUGUGUGACUCGGCAAAUGGAUAUUGCUCAAGGCUAGAGCUGUUUACUGGGAGGGAGUGUCGACCUGUGCCCUCAGAAUAUGGAGUGACCUAUGAUUUGGUGAUGCGUCUCAUUCAACCCUACUUGAACAAAGGAUAUAAACUGUUCACUGACAAUUAUUUCACCAGUCCUCAUUUGUACUAUAACUUAUACAUGUACUUGAAUGCUACAUUAGCAUGUGGAACUCUACGCAGUAACAGAAAAGGUGUUCCCAGGAUGUUGAGGGAGACUCGUCCAAUUGAUGGGAAUACAGUCACGUUCAACAAUGGAGUUUUGACCGCUGUUAAGUUUGCUGACAAGAAGGAUGUGUACCUUCUUACAACUAUUCAUGAAGGUAUGUUGAUUGACACUUGUCAGAUGAAAUAA